AUUUAUUUUAAUUUAUUAAUUCAUUAUGAACGAUGAAAAAACAACAAUGGAAUACUUAUUUCAAGUAGAAAGACAAGCAGAAAAAAUACUUCUGAAUAAAAGUGAAAUGGUUGGUUUGGAUAAAAGUAGAAAUAGUAACCGAAUGGCCAUUAGAGCAUUAACAAACUCUAAAAAACCAGAAGACAAGAUAUGGAUGGCAGUUGGAUUAUCCUUGGUAAAAGUUUCUGUUGAAAAAGCUAAAAAUAUGCUACAAGCAGAUCAAGUUACUUUAAAUAAUCGUAUGAAUAUUCUUAGAAGCAACAUUAAAGUUGAUGUGAAUAAAUUGAAUGAUAUGGAAUAUAAAGAACCAGUAAAAGGGUUAUUUUUAAAUCCACUCACUAGAAAGGAAAUGCAAGCAAUGAAUCAAGUUCUUGGUAUAACUGAUUAAAAUAUAAGUGUCUUAUUCAUAAUAUAUUAAUUUAAAUGAAAAUUUGAUGAAUAUUGUUGAUGAAUAUGAUUUAUUUGGAAUAUAAUAUACUGGUAUAUUUAUAUUUUAA